GGGAUGGGCCAGAUUGGGAAGGGCGGUACAAGGGUGGGACUUGGUGUUGGUGUUUUGAAACAUCAAAGAUGGACAGGGUUUUCACGGAGGUCGCUCCUCAGAUAUCUCCACAACUACAGAUCGGGGAUCUUCCAAAAUCAAGAAGAUUGGUGCAUACGGCUAGGUCUCUUCACCUUACAAUUUGUAUGGCAAUUUGGCCCGGGGUUGUGGUGUGGUAGGGGAGAAUGGGGGAUAAUCCCACGCAGGAGUUCCGAACGACGUCUGGUUCACGUUUGGCUGGAUAACUCCACCACCACACGGGGUAUGCGGUCGGCGAUGGGGUCAAAAUGCUCGUAUGAUCGAGGGCUUUUCGAUGGAUCUAUCGGCGGGUUCUUAUUCGAAAAAUCGAGCGAGUUCGUGGUGGAGCGGUUGGAUCUGACAAAGAGUGAUAACAGUGAGUAG